AUGGCAAACUACUCGUCCCCCUACACCGGGUCAACUGCCGGAGAGGACUACUACUAUAACCGAUACCAGUCGGCCACGCCAACUCCGUCUCCGAGAGGGCCCUCGUCCUACUACUACCCCGGCGCCACUCCCCAACGACCGGCCACCCGCGCCCACUUCCGCAAUGCCAGCACCGGCUUCAGCGAAUCCAGUCCCCGUCCGCCGACGGCGUCGCCUCGAUACACGAGCGAUGGCUACUAUGCCACGGCAAAUGUGAGUAGUGGUCAUCAUUCGAGCAAGCAUUCAUGGGCCACUCCGUCGCAACCCAAGCGCGAGCGCCGAUCUUCCUAUGUUUAUGUACGGGCCUCGACGCCCCACGGAGAAUCCGACGAGGACGAGAUCUUCGAGAUGGAUGGCCGUACCUACGUGCUGCCGGCCCGGUCGUCGCGCCAGAGGACCCAGAGGCAUCCUGUUCAAGACACUUAUUACUAUGAAGACGCCCGGAGAGGAUAUGCCACUGAUUACCACUAUCCCUCACAGAGCGGAUUCACCUACAUUGAGCGCGAUGCCCAGCCCUAUGACCCGCGUCCUCCGCGUCCUUCGGCCAACACCCAUGCUCGCAGGUCCUCGGCCUCGGUGCCCCAACGGCCAUCCACCACGCGCCCGGCCAGCUCCCACACUAAGAAGCCCGCUCCGGCUCGCCAGGCGACCGAGCUGGACGCCAAGAAGCACAAGAUCCCCCCGGGUUACUCCCUCAAGAACUGGGACCCCACCGAGGAGCCCAUUCUCCUGCUCGGCAGUGUCUUUGACUCCAACUCUCUGGGAAAGUGGAUCUACGACUGGACCGUCUACCACCACGGGCCCGCCACCCCCAUCUCUGAUGUGGCAGGUGAACUUUGGCUCCUGCUGAUUCAGCUGGCUGGCAAGGUUAAGCGCGCUGAGGAGGUUGUGGAUCGCGUCCGCAGCGCCGAGAACAGAGAACUCAUCGACGACUUUAUUGACUCGGGCGAGCGCCUCACUGACAAGCUUCGCAAGCUCCUGAAGACAUGCGAGUCCCCCAUGCUUAAGGCUGCUAGCAAGAAGGGCAACGCCCAGCUUGGCAAGAACGCCGGUGUCGAGUUCGUUGAGACGCUUUUCGGCCGCGAGCGUGAGCUGGACAAGACGGAGCGUUUCAUGCAGGGUGUUCGUCUCUUCAACCUGAGGUUCGAUGCCAACUGUGAGGACAUCCUGCGCAACCCGACGCAGUAG